AUGGGUGCCCUCCGAAGGGGCCACCCCAAGCUGCAGGCGCUUUUGCUGCUUGCCUCGCUCACGCUUUAUUUGUUCCCUUCAGUCAAUCAGGACGAGACGACCGUUUGGACAGGACUGCGCCAUUCGGCAACAUGCGGACGAGUGCAGCCGGACCGCUCUGAACGUACGGUUUGGCCAUUUGUGAGUGUGCAGAUUGUCACCUACAACCGCUCAGCUUUUUUAAUACAGGCGCUGCAACAGAUUGCCAUGCAGGACUACCCCGGGCCAUUGGAGGUGAUUGUCAUGGAUGACAGUCCUCGGGCAGAGGAAGCAAGCCAAUUUCCACAAGAGCUCGAUAUCCGGUAUUUUCAUGUUGAUCGAUGCACAAUUGGGGAGAAGCGCAAUAUGGCUGUAGCGGAGGCCACAAGGUCUGGUGCUGAGAUGAUCUGCAUUUGGGAUGAUGACGACAUUUUCACAGUGGAUCGGCUUCGACAACAAGUCUCUAGAAUGGUGGCACGCCCUGCCAGCUGCUCAAGCAUUCAGGUAGCUUUUGUGGCAGUCCUGACAUCUGGGAUUCUGCAGAGAUGCAAGGGCCUUCCGCUGCCUUUCGAAAACAGUUUUUGUUUCAGAAGGAGUUGGCUGGAAGGUCGGCCUUUUAGCAAUACCAGCCUUGGAGAAGGAAACGUGAUCUUUGAAGAACUGGACGAUUGGUAUGCGGAAGCGCAACCAAUCUCUGGGGAAGAGCUUCCUUUCCUUUAUGUUCGGACACAGAGCUCCACAGCUCCAGAUGACGCAUUGGAACCGUAUCCUGUGAAGUCCAUGCUGAUUGGAGGCCAAAAUCCUCGAGUCGAUGUGUCUCUACUCGCUUUGGCCAGAGCGUUUCGCAGGGAACGCUUUCCGGAGCUUCCUGCCAAAGCACUGGAGAUUGCAAGGGGAGCGUUGAGAAGAGUCAUGCAGGAAGAUCUGGAGAAGAUGCGAAAGGACAUCAAUUCAACUUCCCAGCUUGCUCCUGUCUAUUGGGACGCAUUGAAUUUGGAGAAGGCGUGGGCGUUUGGUGGAGGGGUGCCAGAAGGUUCCUUGAAUCAUGCCUUGUCCGCCAAAGUUGACGUUCCGGAAGAGAAUGAUGUGGCAGAUUCUGAUGGAUUGAUAAUUGAAACUGAUGUUGCCAUGCGCCUCAUUGCAAAAGCUCUAUCAGAUUUUUAA